AUGGCCAAAACUAAGAAUGCCCAACCAUCCAAGAAGCCCACUCGUGGAUCUGCUUCUGCUUCACCGGUGUCUCCGCCUGCGCCGCCGCUUUGCUCCAAAGAACGGAGCUUCUGGUCGAGCAAGUUCAUGACAUUGGUUGCUGCUAGGGGAUCGGAUAUUAACGAUGUUCAAUUAAUUAUCCAGUGCGAGCCUCCACGAAAUUCUGGUGCAGCUGUAAUGCUUUAUGAUCCUAGGAGGUCUAAUUUUUCUAAAAUUGAGAGAGAAUUUGGUGUUAAGUUUGAACAUAUAUCAGCUCCUCAGCCAGCAGAUGUUGCCAAAGCUGCAGGUGUUGAAGCUGCAGAAAUAAUAAAUCAAAUCUCGGAUAGUGUAAUCCCUGCUUUUAAGGCUGCUGCUGAGGAUCUAUUAAACACAUCUGGUCUAUCUGCUGUGGAAAUUCUGUCAAAAGCACUUGCGAAAGCUGCUGUGAGUUAAUCUGCCUGAUCUUCAUAUUUUUUUUUGAAAUAAAAUUUAUG